AUGAAGACCAUUUUUCGUUCACACGAACUGUGGGAUUUGGUUGAAAAUGGGUAUGAAACUCCAGUGAAGAAGAAGGAGGAGGAGCUCACGGAGGCGGAUAAGAAGCUAAUGCGUGAGAAUGUGGUCAAGGACGCUAGAGCACUUGGAAUCAUCCAAGGCACUGUUUCAGAUCAAAUUUUCCCGAGGAUCACAACCCAGGAAAAUGCAAAGGUUGCGUGGGACAUUCUGAAACAAGAAUUCGUUGGUGAUAAGCAAGUAAGAUCUAUGAAACUUCAAGGUCUUAGACAAGAUUUUAAGUAUACUCGCAUGAAUGAUAGUGAAUCUCUCUUUGUGUAUAUUGCUAAAUUGUUUGAUCUGAUUAAUCAAAUGAAGAGCUAUGGUGAAGAUCUGAACACCAUAGAUGCUCAGGAUAUAGUUGCAGUUUUGAAGGGUUUCGAACAAAGGUUUGAUAGACAUGGUGAGAGUAGUAUGGAGAAAGCAUUUGCUAGUUUGAACAUUGCAUUAAAACCAAAUAGACUUCACUAUGGGGAAUGUUGGGUUAAGAACGAGGUCAAGUGUCGCAAGUGUAGCAAAAUUAGGCAUAUUGCAAAAUACUGUAAUGCCAACAAGGUUGUGCAACAAGUGAAUUUUGCUAAUCAGGAAGAUUUGCUUGUAGACAUUGGCAGAAGGGUAAAAGCCAAGGUCCAAGUAGGCACUGGAGUCUUGGUUAAAGUGGUAGGAAAGGGAACACUGAUCAUUGAAACAAUGAAGGGUAUGAGAUACAUAAAGGAAGUUAUGCUUGUACCUGGUCUUGUAGAGAAUUUGCUAAGUGUAGGCCAGAUGACUGAGCAUGGUUACUUUCUCUUAUUUGGAGAUUAUAAGGUGGAUAUGUUUGAUGACAUAUCUCUAAGAAACUUGGUGGUUAGUGUGAAACAAAAAGGGAAUAGGUGUUUUCCCUUAAUCUUCAACACAAACAAGGAGCUUGCAUUAAUAACAAAUGUGCAAGAGCGUGCAAAGAUAUGGCACAAGAGAUUUGUUCACCUAAAUUUCAGGAGUCUCAAGCUAUUACAGAGUCAGAAAUGGUUUGGGGCUGCCUAA